UGGCUCUCGGCGCGCGCGCGCACCAGCUCCACCCCGCGCGAAGGAUGGCGGCGCUCCGGCUGGGCCCGUGACUGCGGGAGGCUCAGGCUGACGCCGCCGCCCUCCCCAGAAGCGGGCCCGGGCCCCGGCCCCGGCCCCGGCUGUCGGCAGCGCGGCGCGGCGCGGGGGAGGGACUGCGCGAAGCUGUUAUGCAGGACCCUACCCCAGAGAGCGGCGGGAGCGCCCGCCCUGACGAGGAGAGGCGGGAGGAGGCGGUGGCGGUGCCGGCGAGCGGCAGUGCCUCCUGGCUUCAGAGGGUCUUUGAGGAAGCGCGAGGCGAUUCGCAGCUGAGCGUGGCCCCGGCGGAGCCGCCGCCCGUGACGGUAGUGGCGGUGGAGCGGUACCUGGCCGGGGCGCAGCCCGCCGGCGCCGCGCAGUACUGGUACGACGUGACGCUGGCGAGCGGCGCGUACCAGCAGCGCUGCUACCUGGCGCCGCGCCUCAAUGGCCUGGUGCAGCGCGCGCACCUGCACGCCGGUGUGCGCCUGCGCCUCACGCGCUGCUCCUACCGCUACGAGGAGAAGCGCCUCAACUACGGGUUCCCGUGCCUGGAGGAGCUGGAGCUGGCCUGCGGCGCCGAGCCCACCCCCGCCGCCCUGCCCCGCGGCCGCCUGCCGCCCCUUCGCGGCGACAAGAAGCACUACCUGCCGCUGUGGAACAACGAGGAUCCUUACGGGGACGUGUGGGUGGCAGACAAGCCCCAGGCGAAGGUGAACGUCGACGUCUCCAAGGUGAUUUCUCUUGGUCAGCUGGAAAUGACAUGGAGAAGCAGAGUUCACUACCAUCCACUUCUUGUGAGAGUCCUGCACAAAUCUAGACUAAGGUACUACGGGAAACCAGAGAAAAAAAUGGAUAUGCCUUAUCAGGCUUACUUUGAAGUUGCUGAUGGUUCAGGCAUGAUGUCAAUGGUUUUGUGGAACUCAUUGUGUCCUGAAUGGUAUAACAGUAUGAAGGUUGGCACAGUAUUACUUCUUGAGCAGUACGCUGUCAAAACCAGUUACCCAUUUAAAACAAAACCAACCCCAGGGGAUUCACAGAUGAAGAGAUUUGCUACAAUUGAAAUCAGCCUUAAUGUUCGCGAUCCUCCUACUAAAAUAACUAUUAUUCCAGAAGAAAUGGUUAAGCCAGAGUGGGGAUUACCUGAAGUUAAAUAUCGAUUUAUCACAAGGUCAGAACUGGAUGGCUUACCACACAACCAUUCCUGUGAUGUUAUUGGUCUUGUGACAUUCGUAGGAAGGGCUGAACGAACAAGAAAGAAAGAGCAUGGUGAAGACUUCUGGCUCUAUCGUUGGGCACAUGCCAUUGACGGGACCUCAGACCAACCAUUCAUACUGGAAUUAUUUGCAACUUCUCAACCAGAAGUGUUUGAGCAUAUUCACCCAAUGACAUAUUUGGUGUGUACACAGAUGAGAGUGGUACGGGACCUCACUGAGAAUCUUUCCAGCACAGUUUACCUUACAACUUCAAAUGAAAGUCAAAUAUUCAUUACAGGGUGGCACAGGGGCCAGCCAUACACCAAGGAUACCAAAGUAAGAAACUUCAUACAGUGGACUAAAACACAAAAUGAAGUUGAUCAAAUGGAGAAAGCUGUCAUUGGUGGCUAUUAUCCUUUUCCACGACCUCCAAAUAACUUUUUGAAAUACUGUAAAAACAAUAAAGUUGAAUCUGUUUUGAAAGCUAUAGGUGAAACAGUGAAAGAGAUUGAAGACUUGCAUUACAGAGAGCGCAAGCGCAUCGCUGUUCAGGGAAUAAUUAGUGCCAUAAGAUACAUCAGCUGUAGCAAUGUGGCUGAAGAAGCCUUAGGAGUGGAACUUGCUCAGAAGGAUAAUUCUCAGUCCCUUGAAAGUUCUGCUGUGUCCAAAGAAGACUCUGUUCACAAGGAAAAAGGCACCAACCUUCAGAAUAAAGAAGCUAAGUCUUUUCUGGAGUCACAGUACACUCCUGGUGAAAAACAUCAUCACCAAGCUCUGCUGUCCCAAAAGAGUUCAGUCAAGAGAAAGAUGCCGCACAGGUUAAAUACAGAUGCACAACAGAGAAGUGCAUCCGUUACUCCUGUAUCAUCUCACCACUAUUUCACACGGUCUGCAAGAAGAAAACUUGGCUUGGAUGAGUUUCAACAUGAAGAUACUGUGCAAGAUAAAAAUAGACAGACUCUGUCAGACAGUUCACAGCACUCCACAGACCAAGAAGGAAUGAGUGAUACACUUGAAACUGAAGAGGCUGGAAGAGCUUGUGGUUUGUGGCAGAGUGACCUGUGGGCACAAGUGAAAGACAAGUUAAUGAAAUAUUUGCAUCACAGCACAAUUUUCCCAGAAAGCAUACCACGUAAAUUUGAUUAUGUGCACAGAGACUUGCUUAUGCAACAGUACAACCUUCAUGCAGCAGUGCACCAGCCAAAAGAAACCAGAACACAUAAAAAUAUCAGUGACUUUAAAAGUGCUAGUGGCCUUGGGUAUUAUGAAGUGACAGUCCUGGGUAUAAACCACGAUGUAGCAAUAGAUGUUGCAUUUCUUCCACUGUUUUGUCCUGAUGAUCCCCACUUAUUUCAACUAGAAGACAUUCAAAAUGAUACGUUACUGUCUUGUAUGAGUUGCAUCUCUGAAAGUCAGCAGACAGCCAGUAGCAAUGGAAGACUUCCUGGCAUGUUUCCACUUUCAGAUGAAAUUGUAAAAGCAGCGAUGGAUCUAGAUGGCAAACAUGUUGUCUGCAUCCUGGACAUCUGUCACUUGGGUGGUGAUAAGGUGGAAGUCUUUCUAAGCAAAAUCUACAAGACAGUGGAACCCAAUGUGAUGGAUGCAGUGUAAUUUAAUAACUUAUUUUUCAAAUUUAUCUUGCUCAAAAAGAGGGAAAUAAAAUUGCUGUAACUUGAAUAUACCCUCUAUAUAUUGCACUUUCCUAGAACUAGCAGACACAAAUGUAAAAUUAUGUUUCUUACAGCAGUUGUAAUGGACAUCUGUGUAGCUGAGAAGGAGACCUCUUGAAACAGAUUACACAAUGUCUUGGUCACUUAUGUUCAAGAAGGGUGAAUGGACAAUACAGUGAAUUUAUCUUUUGAUACCAUGAUACAGUAUGAUUGCCAUCUCUCUCUGCCUUUGCGCAUACGUACACAGGAAAUGUAUGUAUCAGGUUGAGAACUGAAAAGAGGGGCAGGCUUUCCCAAUUAAAGGCAAUGUUUGCAAAAGAAUUAACAGGCUGUGAUAAAAAUUCAGGCUGGAAAUUAGAAUAAUUUUGAGGAUUAGAACUGUUACGUUCUGUAGUGAUCUUUUAGUGACAAUCUUGAAGCUUACUGUGUUUUGAGAAAACAAUUAAAUACCAUGGUGCCUUCAGUACUUAGGUCUGGGCUUUUGGUGAUCCAAAAACCAUUUUCAGUUCUUCUUACCUGAACAAGGUCAACUGCUGGGUUUUUUUGUAUGGCUGCUUUUGUAUAUACAUUUUUGGGUAGUAAGUGUAAAAAACCAAAGUGUUUUAACAUAUUUUAUUUAUUAAUUAAAAAAAUUAUUAAAUAUUUAAAAAAAAAAGAAACUUUAUUAGUGGAAGUUGCUUCUAGCUUUGCAAGAGCAAAACUGACUUUAAGGAGUGCUUAGCAUGGCAGGAUCCCGUUUGUCACAUGAUUGGGGAUUUUUCUGUUGAUCAGUACUAUCGUCUUUCUUUGUAGUAAUAGCUGUGUUCUGAAUACAUGAAGGAGCUCAGCAGCUGUGAGAAGCUGCUACUACUGCAAGAGCAAGAGACUCUGUAAAAUUCUGACAACUUUUUGCCUGUAUGCUAAAUAGCAGCUGGCUCCUGCUGAGUUCAAAACUAAGUCCCCCUUUUUCCUCCCAUGUGAAACAGCCUCAAAUCAUUUACACAACUGAAUCCCUAAGAACUUAAGCAGGAGCUAAAACACACUGCUAUUUGACAACUUGUCCAUGUGAAAUGCUGGUCUCAGUUCCAUUCUUUGAGAAGAAAUGAUUGCAUUAUGGAAGCUUGCCAAUUAAAUUUUAGCAUUAUUGACCAAACCCCACAGUGUUGAUUUACAGGAACAUUAUUUUGUGGGAAACUUCUAGGCAUGUGUUAGCAGCCUGUUGGUAAUUGAGGAAUAUCUCUUUCAAGUAGUUCACUUGUCUGCCCUGGGGACAGUGGACUUUGUCUUCAAGUACUUAAAUUCUGUACCUUGACUUCAGUUAAUGGUAAUUGAAGGAGAAACAUUUCUGCUUAUUAUAGUACAAGUUCAUAUCUUUAGAUAAGAAGGGAAAAUCUUAACAUUCUAAGGAAAUAUGUAAAAUUACCCUGUCUGUUGUGGUUUACAGUUUAAAAAUAUAUUAAUGGAAAAAGUUUAACUUGAGUUGUACAGGGUUUAAAAGUUAAAUGUGACUAUGUAUUGUAUGUUUAUAUUUUGUAUGGAUCAUACAGUAUUAAUUCUAGAGCAAUGUUUGUCAACCCAUGCCUUUCAGAGUACCUUGUAACCUUGCCACAGGAGGCAAAGUGAAAAUAUACCACCACAAGAGCAGGAUGAAUGGUGCUUGCAUUACGUUAUUGUGUAUUUUUGUGUCUUGGGGUAUGUGACAAUUAAGACGCCAUUGCUCUAGAGAGAGGGAUUAGCACCAGCACUUCGUAUACCAAACUGAGCCACACUGACUGUGUCAGCAAGUAUUUUUUUAUUUAGAUAUACUUCAGGUCGAAGUCUGAUUUUAAUGAAACCAUUAUUUCUAGAAGCAGUUUUUUAAAUAUUUAUCUUUGUAUGAAAAGACAGAGGUGGCUGGCACUGUCACAGAGUGCCACUUUAUUCUCUUGUCUUAGCCACUCCACCCCAUGCAGUAGAAAUGCACCAAAGGGUGUUUGCCACCUUGCACUGCUUACUACACUUUAAACGUAUAGCAUUAAUCGUUUCAUCCUACGUGUUAGGAAUUCCUAACUCUAAAAGAAAUACCAGAAUGGUGUGGAGUGUGUGUAAUGCACACGUAAGACUUUAAAGAAUGUAAUUUUAUUUUACGGAAGUGUCAUUUGAAAUUUUUCAUGGCAAAAGCUGGGAAGGAGAGAGAUUUAAUCUUGCAGAAUGAAGUGCCAAUGUGAAAUACACAGGCUCUCUGUGUCUAGCUAGAGAAUAUUCAAUGCCUGUAGUAGACCCAGAAUUUCAAUACUCUGGGUCAUUCUACAGCAGCACUUACCCCAUCCCUUACGUCACACUGAACUUACUAUGCCAAGUUCAGUUUCUGAAGUCUUGCAGUGUUUAAUAUAUGGCUCCACCACUGUCUCCCUCCUCCCUGCCAAACCAGCACUGUAGCACUGGGGCAAAGGUCCCGUCUGCAAAGAAAGUACUUGCUGUUUUAUUUCAGGUGGUGUUUAUUGACACAAGUACAAAACCAAAGUAUUUUUCAUGCUGGGUCUGUCAAAGCAUGUUGAUUUUGCCGUGUUAAGCCAACAUACAGAUUCUUACUCCUGCAGAAUGCCAUAGGAAUCAUCCUUCUUGCUGUGUAUUGCCACUGCUGAGGGUAAAAUACAAGAGCACAUUCCCUAACUGUAGAAUUCGUACCCAACCGAAGAACUGUACCGUAAAAUCUUAAAUUUCCAUGUUUCUUAUGUUUCCAGCACUAAUUUCAAGGAAAAACAGGGGAAGAUAAACUCUGUAGCUAAUGGUACUUUUAUGUGUAUAAAACUUUGUAAGUGUUAGAUCUUAGCGGUAAGAUCAUUUUUUUAAUUAAUGUGAUGUAGAACUAGUGCAACAUUGAAAACUUGGAGAAUAUAAGUAAAUAAAUAUAUGUAAACAA